AUGGCCGCCGGUUCAGGGCCCGGGUGGCGGUGGGGUGCAGCCGAGGGCGCCGGGGUCACCGAGGACCUGGAAGUGGCUGCGAUCGGCGCGCACUAUCGCCGCGGCAUCCUCGAGGGGCUGGCCGCGAAGGCGCGCGUCGCCGUGCCCCCGCGCCACCCCUGCAUCCACAACCACCCCAAGGCAUCGUGGGCGCCCCACAAGGGCCACUCAAUCCACUCCCGGCCGCCGCCGAUCCUCCACACGCCGAUGGUGUUCCCGGACCUGGAGGACGCCUACGAGGUGUACGGGUACCGGACGCCGUCGCCCCCUCCCUGCGGGGGCCGGUCCUCGCGGCUCAGCACGCCAUCGAUCGGGACCACGGUGUCGGACAGCGACGAAGAAGGGUCCAGGUGCUCCUCGCCCGCAUCGCCGUUCUACACGUCCUGGCGGUCGGGCGCGUUUGAAGAGGCCGGCUACCUGCAGGCUGGCUGGAGCGUGGGCACGGCCUCAGGCGAAUGGCCCACAGACGGGGGGUCGAUUCCGUGGCGCCCAGACCCGCCGAUCGCCUUCCCUCCCAACGAUACCCCCGGCGGACCCGGGGGCCCUCCACCCGAUGGGCGGGGUGCCUCCUUCACGCCGAUGGCGCGCACCAUCCUGUCCGACGUGAUGGAGUCGUGGGUGAAGGGCCUGAGGCGGGGGCGGGCAAUUGAGCGGCCCGACCCGCCGGACGGAUCGCCGAUCGGCUGGGAGUCGUCUGGGGGUAGCCAGUGGGGCUGUGGCUUCGAGGCCAGGGCGUGCGAGCGGGGCUUCUUCUUCGCGGGGUCGCCGUUUUGCUCGCUGGGAUAA